AUGGCCGUCUUCCCAGCCAAGCGCUUCCGGCCGAAUUCAUACAAUGGCACAGUGCCCGCUAGAUACCGCGCUCUUCUAGCAAAACACCCUUUUGCUCUGUUCGGUCUCCCCUUCAUUGCCACCAUGGUACUCGGCUCGUUCUUCUUGACACCGGCCACCGCCAUCAGAUACGAAAAGCACGACCGCAAAGUCAAGCAACUCACCAAGGAGGAAGAGCUCGGUAUCGGCAAGGAUAGGCGAAGAAUCGACCUGAAAGAGGAAUACUAUAAACUGGCGGCGAAAGAUCUCGACAGCUGGGAGCAGAAGAGAAUCAAGAGACUCCCCGGCGAGCACGACGGCAUCCUUUGA